AUGUCGAGUCAGCCUAAAAGAUUGAAAUCUGUUGGAUUAACAGGUAUUUGCUCUGGAAAGAGUACUGUCGUAUCCUAUCUGGGCGAACUCAUCAAGGAAUAUGAACAAUUACACUCACAAUCACCAUCAGAGCACCACAAGAUAUUCUUCCAUGUUAUUCCUACUGAUGAAUUGGGUUGGAAAGCCUAUAGUGUUGGCACUGAAUGUUAUAAACAGGUUGUUGAGGUUUUUACUCCUCUAGUGAAGCAAAUUGUAGGAGAGGAGGCUUCUCUUCUGGAUGAACAACAACAAAUUAAUAGAAGAAUGUUAGGUAAUUAUAUUAUAUAA